AUGCCCUUUUCUUCCCAACUCUUCUUAACAUUCUUCUUCUCCAUCCUUCUCCUCUCUCACCAACAACCUCCAUUGAACCCACAUGAACAAGAAUCUCUCUACAAAGUCCUUCACUCCAUCAACCCCACCAUUCCAUGGCGCACUCUCUUCCCUUCUCACGACUUCUGCAUUUCCCCACCACACGGCAUUCUCUGCGACUACGACGACUCUCAAAACGACACCGUUUCGUUUUCGCACCUCCUUCAGCUCAGCUUCGGCUACGUCUCCGAUGAAUCUUCAAACCCACCUUGUUCCGAUAACGCCACCCUCAACUCUCUUCUCUUCACUUCAUUUCCAUUCCUUCAAAAACUCUUCUUUUACAACUGCUUCAACGCUUCAUCACUCAUCGUUUCCACUCCACAAACGCUUCCUUUCUCUUUCGCUUUCUCUUCAACUCUUCAAGAGCUCGUUUUCAUCGAUAACCCUUCUCUUGUUAUGCCUAUCGCCGAUAUUAUUUUCCAAAACUUCACCAGCCUCAGAAGGCUUGUUCUGGUUAACAAUGGCUUCCACGGUGAUCUUCCAGAAACGGUUGGCUCUUUUGUUAACUUGGAAGAGGUUACUUUAUCGGGUAACAACCUAAGCGGCGAGGUUCCAACAAGCUUGGGAACGCUGGAGAAGCUCAAGGUUCUUGAUCUCAGCCACAACGACUUCCAUGGUUGCGUACCCGAGAGUUUCGGUGAUGGAAAAUUCAUGGAGAUGGUGAAACUUGACCUGAGCCAUAAUGGAUUUGGUUGUAGGGUCCCAGAGAGUCUUGGGCACUUGCAAAGUUUGGAGCUUUUGGACCUAAGCUUCAACAAAUUCGGAAACUUUGGGGUCCCUUUGUUUUUGGGAAAGGUUCCAACUUUGAAGGAGGUGUACCUGAGUGGGAAUAAUCUUGGAGGGGUGAUUCCGGAAAUAUGGGAAAAUCUUGGGGGUAUUAGAGGAAUUGGGUUUUCUAUGAUGGGGCUUGUUGGGGAGAUACCUGCUUCAAUGGGGGUUUAUCUGAAGAAUCUGACAUACCUAGGGCUUGAUAACAACAUGCUUGUGGGGCCCGUACCUGAGGAGUUUGGGCUUUUGGAUUGUGCAGAUGAGAUCAACUUGGAGAACAACAACUUGAGUGGUAAGGUUCCAGCUUCAAUUAGAGUUGUUGGGGAGAAGCUUAAGCUGAAAGGGAACACACAACUUUGUGUUGAUGAUAGGUUGAUGAGGUGUGAUAAUGGUGAAAGGUGUGGCUUGUUGAGUCAAAUGAAGCUAUGCAACAAAGCUGAUAAUGAUAUUCUUGAUGCUGCUGCUUUCCUUUUGAGUAGUGCUUGUGGGGUUUCUUCUUUUGAUCCUCUUGUCUUGUUGUUUUCUCUAUUGGGGUUUGUUUUUUGUUUGUAUUUGUAG